AGCAAAUAAUUUGAUGUUUGGCCUAGUGUCUCUGCUUUGAAUUGCAGCGCAAAUCUUUACAAAACUCGGCAAAAUGACUGUUAUUAAUGGGUUCCACAACUCGUCCGUCUCACUCAAAGACCUUCCGGAAGAUGAUCGAGUGGGACUGCUUGCAGUCAAGCUAAGAAACACCUUGGAGAACUCCACAGUGUUGACGCCCGACUCGGAAGGAUACGCAAAAAGCAUUCAGAGGUGGAGCGAUGCAGUUGAAAUGAGAGCUGGCAUUGUGGUGUAUGUUGGAACUACUGAAGAUGUAUCCACCACGGUCAAGUUGUCGCAAGAGUAUUCGAUCUCAUUUGCCGUCUGUGGUGGCAAGCACUCCUCCAGUGGAGCGUCCUCAAGUGCUGGCGGAUUGGUGAUAGACCUUGGAAAGAUGCGAGCUGUCGAGGUCGAUACUAGCACUAACACCGUCAAGGCGCAAGGCGGUUGUAUCUGGAAAGAUGUAGAUGAGGCCGCCGCUGACCAAGAAUUGGCUAUGGUUGGAGGUACCGUGAACCAUACAGGUGUUGGCGGACUGACAUUGGGCGGUGGUUACGGCUGGCUAAGCGGACGGUACGGACUUACCAUUGAUUCCCUUCUCUCCGUUGAAAUGGUCCUUGCCGAUGGCAGGAUUGUGACUACAUCCAAGGACCAAUACCCUGAUCUCUUCUGGGCAGUGCGUGGAGCAGGCCAUUGCUUUGGCGUCGCAGUCCAGUUCACUUUUCAGGCACAUCCCCAGAACAAUUCGAUCUGGGGUGGGCAAAUGGUGUUUCCCGCUAGCACAAAACUAGAUGCGGUGAUCGACUUUGCCAACAACUUGGUGGAAACCACCCGAGGCGACUCCGCCAUGGUGAUGGGAAUUACGCAACCUCCAUUCAUGGAGGAACCAGCAGUCAUUGCGACGGUUUUCCACAACGGACCAGAACCGGAAGCUUUGAAGGUGUUCAAGCCGCUGCUAGACCUUCAGCCACGGGUGAAUACUGUCAAAGAACGUCCGUACAGGGAGAUGAACGGUGUCAUGAACAAUGCAGUUAACUAUGGUGGCCGCAAGCUAUCCAAAGGCGCGUCUUUCAAAUUGCCACUCCGUGCGCCAUUCGUCCGCUCCUUGAUGGACGGGUUGAAGAGUCUCCAUUCGCGAGUUCCAGGUUCGAAGAAGACCAUCAUGCUCUUCGAAUUUUUCCACACCGCCAAAUUGAAUAGCGUAUCUUCCGAUGAGAUGUCAUUUGCCAACCGUGGCACGCACCAGAACUUGAUGUUCGGCCCAUUCUGGGAUAAUGCUGAAGACGAUAUCGCCUCCCGUGCCUGGGCCAAAGGCGUUGCCGAAUUGGCAAGGUCUGAACUAGAGCGUACGACACAGAAAUCAGGUGAACGGAUAGGAGAGUAUGGAAAUUACGAUGCUUUGGCAGCUAAGCCUCGCGACAUCUUUGGCCAAAACUUAGAUCGACUUCGUGAGAUCAAGAUGACCUACGAUCCAAAGAAUGCUUUCAACAAGUCGUAUGCUCUGGUCACGGCAGAUUGAGGUAAUCUUGC